AUGGUUGGACGACACCCAUAUCCUCUGAAGAUCAUGUUACCAGCGGGGUUCAAGCCUCCUCCUUUUGAUUGGUACGACGGCACUACGGAUCUAACCGACCACAUCAAUUACUUCAACGCGGUGAUGAUCAUGUACAGGGGAACCGAGAUAAUUUCCUGCCGAGCCUUCCCUUUUUCGCUUAAAGGAGCUGCAACCUCAUGGUUCUCGUGGUUGCCGCCGAACUCCAUCACCAGCUUCGGUCAGCUUUGUCCGACCUUCGUCACGCGCUUCCAGAGCAGCAUGAAGCACAAGAAGAAGGCGGUCAACCUCUUCAGCGUAAAGCAGAGGUCCGACGAGUCGAUCCGCACGUUUGUCUCUCGCUUCAAUAAGGACUCUUUAGACGUCAAGGAUUUAGAUGAAGCCACAGCCCAUACCGCGAUGAGCAAUGGGCUCACCAACAUGGAAAUAAUCAAGGACUUGGCCCGGAAGCCUACUAAAGGCAUAGCCGAGCUCUUGGACCGGUGCAACAAGUUUGCAAACAUGGAGGAUGUUCUCCAAGCCCGCAAGGCAAGUGAAAGCAAAGGAGAGAAGAAGAGGUUGGCCACCGACGACUCGAAGGAUGAGAAGAGGACCAGGAUUGACCGCCGAGCCGAAAGGUUAGACCGAGCUCGGAGUCCUGAUUAUACCUGUUUGAGCACGUCGCGGAAUGAGAUCUUAAUGCAAAUCCAAGUUGAAUGA